AUGGCCGGAAUUAACAAAGGUGUUCAGGCUAGAGUCUUAAAAGAAUAUCCCCGGGCUUCAUUUAUACUGUGUACCAGUCAUAGUUUGAAUCUUGUAGUAUCUGAUGGUGCAAGGUCUUCUGUGAAGUCAACCUCACUGUUUGGAGUAAUUCAACAGCUUUACACAAUUUUUGCAGGAUCAACGAAACGGUAUUGCAUAGUCAGUGAACAUAUUCAGUCAUUAUCUCUAAAACAAGUUUGUGAAACUCGUUGGGAAGCAAGAAUUUCUUUAAUCCAAGCUAUCAGGUACCAAUAUGCUGAAGUUAGGCAAGCCCUCAUAGAACUUGCAGACAGCGUUGACGACCCUAAAACAGUAUCAGAAGCUCAAUCUCUGAUUAAGCAUAUGGAAGACUUUUCCUUUUUGACAUGUCUGAUUGUUUGGCAUGACUUUUUAUUUCAAGUAAAUGUAGUUAGCAAAACAUUGCAAGGGAAGAUGGCUGACUUAACAUCUGCCAAGAAGCUGCUUGAUAAUUGUCAAGAAUUCCUCUCAUCCUUCAGAGAAAAGGGUCUUUUAGACGCAAUGAUAUCCGUUAAGGAAAUUGCCAAAGAAUUGGAAAUUGAACCGGUUUUCACGGCCGAGAGAAUGAGAAAGAAAUCAAAGCAGUUUUCGUAUGAAGGUUCAGACGAAGUGGUACCAUGGAAGAGCUUUUUAAGAGAGAUGUUUUCUUACCCCUUGUUAACAGUGUGA